AUGAGCGAAAGUGCGAUUAGUGACAGAUGGACGAACAAUAUCAACUAUAGGCAGCUUGUUAUGUCUUCGUGCAUUGGUAUCGUGCAGUUAUGGUGGCACCCAUACUUACACGACUUACGCAAGUUCAUACCGUUCGUUUUCCUCUACAACGUAUUCAGCGUAGUCUUCGGUUACCCUUUACUUUAUCUGGAACUGGCAUUGGGGGUAGUCACGAAGAAAGGUGUUCUGAACUGUUGGGACAUGGCGCCAAUUGCUAGAGGCGUGGGUUUCGCAAUGAUAGCGUCGUGCGCGUUGACCGCUCUAGCGACAGGCGUUGUGAGUGCGUGGUGCCUCGCACUGUUUGCGCAUUCAUUCCACGCCUUCCUGCCGUGGCUCCACUGUGCGGCGAUCGUGCACCCAGCCUGCGCCGCGAGGCACCGGCCGCUGCCCGAAGGAAGCGAGACUCCGUCCCAGUCAUUCUUCUUCGUGUUGGGCGCUAUACGGCUCGACGGGGCAAGUUCAAUGUUCAGGGAAUGCGAUUGGGGCGUGCUAUUCGAAGGAACUCAGAUUUGGCGCGACGCGUUGGAGUACUGUCUGGUGCAAAUGACCGUAUCCCAGGGGGUCUUAGUGAUGAUGGGAUCACACUGCCCCAAAGAACAACACAAACUCGCGACAACCGCGCUAAUAACGUUCGUCAUUUCGAAAGCAAGCUGUAUGUGCAGCGCGUUUGUUCUCGCUGCGGCCCACGGGGCUCUUCGUAGGGACUACGACAACGAAACUAGUAUCUGGCCAGGUACCUCUUCGUCCAUGGUCCUGUGGGCUGACUUCGUUGCCAGGAUACCCGGCAGCCAAUUUUGGUCGGCGCUGGUUUUCUUUACGCUCUUCGUCGUGGCACUUUCUACAACGGGUGGCUUGUACGUUGUUAAUUUUAUAAUGACAUGGCCGGUGUCAAAGGUGCGUGCGCCCAUAGCGUGCGUGUUUGCGAUGGUCAUAACGUAUAUAUAUGGCCAGACUACGUUCUGCGAAGAGGUCUAUUUCGCCGUGGGAGAGUACCCGUGCGUGUUUAUGAGGAUAAGCUGGGCGAUUGCUCCAGUAGUGCUCUUGGUAACUAACAAUAUAGCA